UACUCUACUGCACUCGCGAGACAGGAAGUGGUCAAUGAGCGUGAAGCUAUCUAGAGUCUAGGUACUUAGAGUUAGCUAAGUAGCACUAACGGAGUUUAGAAAUACGUUAUUUACCGCACGUAUACACUAAUUUAUCAAACAAACUAUCGGCAUUUGCUCAAGUUUUAACCAUUGAUUAGUGUCCGUUUCUGAUUGACGUGGGGGUCUAAGAUGAACCAGUUUGAACACCUGAAAGACGAGGAGAACGUAGAGCACGAGGAGCAGAACUGCGACACGGACUGUUCCGUUGGAAACAACAACCGACGCAAGCUGGUGAGUUCGGCGGCAGGGGAACAUCCUCUCCAGUAUAACUACACCUUCUGGUAUUCUCGUCGGACGCCCAGCCGUCCUGCCAACACCAACUAUGAGCAGAACAUUCGUCAGAUAGGAACCGUUGCCUCGGUGGAGCAGUUCUGGAAGUUCUACAGCCACCUGGUUCGUCCAGGAGACUUGACAGGCCACAGUGACUUCCACCUGUUCAAGGAGGGGAUCAAGCCCAUGUGGGAGGACGAGGCUAAUAAGAGUGGGGGUAAGUGGAUCAUCCGUCUGCGUAAAGGCCUGGCCUCUCGCUUCUGGGAGAACAUCAUCCUGGCCAUGCUGGGGGAGCAGUUCAUGGUGGGGGAGGAGGUCUGUGGUGCUGUGGUGUCUAUACGCUUCCAGGAGGACAUCCUGUCUAUCUGGAACAAGACGGCCAGUGACCAGGUGACCACAUCCAGGAUCAGAGACACGCUGCGCAGAGUCCUCAACCUGCCGCCCAACACCAUCAUGGAGUACAAGACUCACAACGACAGCCUGAAGUACUCACACAAUCACACACACUCACACAUGUAUGUACACUCCUAACCCUAACUCCUAGUCUUGUAUGACUGAGGGUUUGUCUCCACAGGGAUAAUUCCAGCUUCCGCAACACUAAGAUUACACUGUGAGGAGGAAGAGAAGGAGGAAGAGAAGGAAGAGGAGAAGGAAGAGGAGAAGGAAGAGGAGAAGGAAGAGGAGAAGGAAGAGGAGAAGGAAGAGGAGAUGAACAGACAGAUGAAGACCCAACUGUCCUGCAGGGUCAUCACCCCAAGUGAAACAAACAUUCCUCCCUCUGUCUUCCCUUCCCUGUCUUCCCUCCCUCUUUCUCUCUUUCUCCUCCCCCCCGCUCCCUCCUCUCUCUCCCUUUCUUCCUCCCUCCUCUCUCUCUCCUACCUACCUUGCUCGCUCGGUCACAGUCCCCCCUUUCUGACCCUCCAGUUUGGACAUGUCAUUGCUAUGGGUACCGGUGGUUUCUAUAGAGAUCCUUUUUCACAUGGAGAAAGUUUUGUUUCCACGGAGAUGGAAACAGAAUGUGGGACCAACAAUAGUGUGUGUCUAUGAUGUGUGUGUGUGUGUGUGUAUGAUCAUUGUUGCCAUGUCAACACAGAAGUAAAAUGUUACUUUGGUAAA